UUGAAGAAAUGUGACGUUACGCAGACGACCGCGUUUCUUCUCAACAUCGCAAAGUCAACUGUUCUCAAGUACUACAAGAAAGACAUUGAAGAAGUUUCAACACCAGGAAAAAAGAGGGAAAAAAGGCCACAGGAAGGAAAGUCACUUGACACAGUCGACGAUUUCACAGUAAAUGCAAUCAGGAAUGCAAUUUACAGGAUGUACGCUGAAGGUUUGAAUGUUACAGUCGACACCAUUUUGAAAGAAAUCAGGGAAAGACAAAUAGAUUAUUAUGGUGGAAGAUCAAGUCUUCAUAAAUUGUUAAAGAAGAUGGGAUUUUCAUGGACAACUGUUGAUGGACGAAAAGCUUUGAUAGAGAAUGAAAACAUAGUUUUGAAGCGAAUAGAUUUCUUGAGAAAGUAUACAGAAGAAAAAGAAAGAGGUGCCAAUUUCAUAUUUGUUGAUGAAACAUGGAUUUUCCAGAGAGGCAAGGCAUUAAUUUAUUUGAAAAUUUGUUCUGUGGUCCAAUACAAAGUAUUUCAUUUCCAUUUCAUAUAUUUUUCAGGAACUGUAUCAAAGUCAUGGCAGGACAAGAGUCUACAAUCUGCGAAGAGACGUACUGUUGGAGAUGGUAAAAGGUUUAUUGUUGUUAAUGCUGGAGGGCGCACUGGCUUUGUGCCAGGAGCAGGAUUACUUUUUGUUUCAGGUCAGAAGACUGCAGACUACCAUGGCGAGAUGAAUGGGGAAACUUUCUUGAUGUGGUUUGAAGACAUGUUGGUGCAUCUGGAGGAACCCAGUGUCAUUAUAAUGGACAAUGCUUCAUAUCACAGCACCCAGGUUGAGAAAACACCUACAACGAACUGGACCAAGGAUGCACUGAUCGCGUGGCUGGAGAAGAAUGAGAUAAAACAUGAAAAUAAUUUGUUGAAAGUGGAGCUGCUGAGAAUAGCUAAACAAAACAAGCCCCGAAUACGAUGGGCGAGGUGUGUGGAUCACGUGGAGAAGCUAAUUCAAGCAGACUGGGAGAGAGAAGUCCACAUAGACAGCGGCACCAUUCCUCCACUCAUCAUCCACCUCGGCGAGGAUAGUUCAAGUGAAGACAGUGACAGCGAAGAAUUUGAGGUUACGACACAGCAAGUAGAUGGAGACAGUGAAGUACUGGCAGUUCCUCUUGAUGAUUUACCCGGGUGUUCUUAUUGAGGUCUGUAUGUAAUAAACACCUGGGCAACUGUAAGUAUUGGGGUUUGAAACAUUUUUUUUUCUUUUAUGCAUUCCCAUUAAGUAUGUUGAUUACUGGAACUUUAUGUAUUAACUUUAUAUUACACAUAUUAUAAAAUUAAUAAUAAAUUUCAUUUCUGGAUUCGUAUAGGUGUAUGUGAAACAUUUUAUUUUGUUGUGUCUCUUCAUUUUUCAGUGAACUUACUUGGAAAACAAAAAGCCAGUCCCCAUCCAGGGCCACAAAUAAAUAAUGCAUAUAAGUGGUAUAUAAAUUACUGUCAAUUCGUUACCACAA